GUGUGUGUACUUGUUGAGCAGGACAUUCCCUCAGCCAGCCCACAGGAAAAGCCUGGGUUUUGUGCCCACCACAACCUUUAAGAACUACUCCAAAGACAGCGAGUCUAAAGGCUCAGUCACCCACCUCUCAUGCCAUGGGCUGUUUUUUUGGAUCAGGGUGGCUCAUUUUCCUGAUGACAGUUGCAAACAUAGACGCACAAAACAAGCCUUUUAUCAAUAUCAGCUCAAAAUGCCUGGGGAAUGUGAUGCGUGUAAACACUGGUCCACUUGGUGGGAAUCCUCUAGAGGUUGCUGUCAGCGUCAAUAACUCUGCCGUCCCCCUUACACCAAGUUUGGCUGCUCAGUGUGGAUUCAGCAUGAAGACGGACCCGCUGGGGAAGGCUGUGAUUUUUGCCUCGCUUCAAAAUUGUUUUGCUCAAAACAUGGAAGAUAAAGCCUUCACAACAGUCUUGAACCUCCAACUACAUGACAACCAAAUGGACGAGGAUGAGCCGCACCAGGUGGCUGAGACCUGCCACCACGCUGCCUGGGCCUCGAGGGAAAUCCUCUGUGAACGCAACUAUAUGGAGGUGUCUGUGAGAAGGGCAAUUCCAGAUGAUUACGCCCUGCCCGACCAUCCCAUCCCAGGGACAAAUGCCAAGUUUGGUGAUCCUCGACGAGCUGCUAAUUCAGAGAAGCAACCCAGUGAAGCAGAAUUCAGAAUGACCACAGUUGUGUUCUUCACUCCUGAGGAGAGGAUUAUGACGGUGGAUCAGGCCCAGAGGAGAGGCUAUGGAGUUGCCAACACUCCUACAAGGCUGGUUCUGCGAAGUCCUACGAAUGCACCUGAAACAUACAGUCAGGAUGUGGCCGGUGUGGACAUGAUGGUGCUUAAAACCUCGACAAUCUUUGAAAAGAAGUGGUGGGCGACUCAGAUUGAUGCCGCAGCUGCUUGCCCAACAGUAUCAGGUGGCGUUUCCUUCACCGCAAAUGCAAUCAGCUGGUACCUGCCCACGCACAUCGACCCGCUGAUCUCCUCAAACCAGUUUAAACUUUUAGAAGUGCACAUGGGUGUUGAUGGCCAGAGACUCAGUGCUGCUGAGAUGGCUGCCAGACAUUACUCCAUGGCCGUGAAUGACAUGCACAUCGUUGUUGAAAUUCCAGUUGGGGCGGCAGGUGGCUACUUUAAGAGCCAUGUGCAAGAUGAUCACUACCUCACCUCUUACACUAUUGAGCCAAUGCUUGAGUUGCUGUGGACUGAAGACAAUGCUCAUGAGGAGACCCGAUACAAAGUCCUCUUCCCCAUCACAACGCCACUCAUGUCCUGGCCCCCGCAAAUCACUGACAACACGGUUCCUGAAGAGCGGAUAUUUAAAGUGCUGCUUGGGCCCUUGGGCUCUGACGUGGCGCUGGUGAACAUUACCUUCCCCACUGAGGUUCUGUCCGUGGCCGACUGCAAUGUCAGAGGCUUUAACGUCCUGGAGCACGAGUCCCAUAACGGCUCAAAGGCCUUCACACUCCAAGUGCCCUUCACAGACCCUGUUGUCAUGCAAAUGAAAGAAGCAGGGAUUACGGUCUACUCUCUUCACCUGACCUUUGGCUUGCUGGUCUUGCCAGAGUUCGCUCCCUUCGCUCACACUGCUAAUCUGGAGGCUGCAUUAGUGGACAUAGUGCCUCCCUCUGUCUCUGGUAGCUGUGACUAUGACAGCUUCCACAUCACUGUGAGAUAUGGGACUCAAAGCUUCAACUUUCACACUGUCGUGGGAAAACGAUUGCUGACCCCAGUGCUGGCUCAGCAGUACGGCCUCGUCGACAAUGGGACGCACUUCAGUCUUAUGGUGCCAUUUUCAGCCCCCGAUGCUGCGUUUGAGGCUGUCGAGUCGUCAUCGAUCAGGAGCAGACUCGAUGUGUCUCUGAGGAAUCCAGGAACAAACACAAUCAUCAGAGACUUCGUUCUGGCUUGCAGUUUCCUCUCAACACUCACUGAAUGUUUCCCUGAUGGGACCAUGACAGCACUGGCAGUGAAGCUGGAGUCUGUUCCUAAUCUCAGCCCCAGUCAGCUCACCCUCAGGGACCCCGCCUGCGGCCCGGCCUUCAGCGACGACCGUUUUGCUUACUUUGUCUUCACCGGCAGCUCAUGUGGAACCACCAGAAAGUUCAUGCCCGAUGCCAUGCUGUACGAAAAUGAAAUCUCCCUACCAGAUGAACUUGAAAAGCAAAUGCAGUCAAACGACGAGCCCGAAUAUGAGUUGAAGGUUUCUUGCAGGUAUGAUGUCAACACUGCACACGCCGUGGCCUUCCUCAUCAAACCACGAAACAACGAGCCUUACGCUGAAACUGCCAAGGGCGAGCUGCAAGUCGCAAUGAGGCUCGCUCGGGACGACUCCUACACUCAGUUGUACAGAGAUGAGGACUACCCUAUAGCCAAGUACCUCAACCAGCCUGUAUAUUUUGAGGUGGAACUCAUGAGAUCUACCAAUCCCAAAGUAUCUCUGGAGCUGGAGAACUGCUGGGCAACAUUGAGCGAGGACAGGACGUCCCAACCCAGAUGGAACCUCAUCAUCAACGGUUGUGCCAACCCAGUGGACCCAUACCAAGUGCUGUUCCAUCCCGUCUGGCCGGAUGCCAGGGUGCAGCAUCCUUCUCACUUCAAGCGCUUUGAGGUCCAGAUGUUUGCUUUCGCCUCCGACCAAGAAAACUUGAGUGACCAACUCUUUGUCCACUGUGAUGUGGUGAUCUGUGAUGUUAGCAGGCCGAUGGGUGGACCAUGCAGCGGGCAGUGCUCAAACCAGGAAAAUGUGAUAAAAGGUCAGAGACGUGCUGUUUCAGAUGUGCACAGCUUCAUACAUAUAUCCUCAGGACCCAUAUUGAUAAUGUAGUCCAAAUAAAGAUGAUUUUAAACAUU